UUUUAGCUAUGUUAUGAGCGAUAAUUAAAGAAUUCCUCACAUAAAGAUACGAGUUUGAGGACUUCUCUACACAUGAUAAACUUAACAACUUGCUGAAACAACCAGACACGAACAGGAAUCACCCCUGUAACCGUAUCAUUAAGAAACAACCAACUUUCUUGGGGGAAGAUUUUUAAAACCAAAUCACCUUUACCCCAAGAAAGCCCCUAUAUCUCGAUAAUCCUCAGCUCAACAGAGAAAAUAAGACGCUAUCCGCUCACAAGUUGCCAUACCACCCUGUGUAAACACAGAGGCUACCAUUCUGUAGUUGAGCCCGGUAAGAUGAUGCUCCAGAACAGGAUGGUGGUGUUGGUGCUAUCUGUCUUAUCUUCUCUUAUAUUGCUGUUCUGGAUUGGGUUUGAUUCUUUGGUCUCUGGGGGUACCUAUACCUAUCAGAUUUUUAGAAUGAUGUCUUGGGACGAAUCUCGGAUUGUAGAUCUGAAACUGAAACUUUUAGCUGAUGAUGAGUGGAAAUUACAUAAACUAAAUAUGAAGUACUACAAGAAUGAGUGUACAGAUGAGCAUAAUAAUCCCAGGUAUGCCUGGAUCUCAGCGUUAAAUAACGAUAAAUACGUGUUACCAACUCUAGUCUUGGGCCACCUUCUCAACAACCUAUCGUGCAUCAGAAACAAAGUUGUUCUGGUUUCGCAUAAAGUUUCUAGGAUGGGGAUACUAGCUUUGGAAUCUGUUGGGUUUCAGGUAGAGGUAACAGAAGGGCUGGACUGUAACUUCAUGGACAGAUUGUACGGUAGACCUGAGGCUAAUAAAGGUAUCACUGGGACUCAUACUCGGCUACUAGUCUUCAACCUCACUCGCUUUGACAAGGUAAUAUACUUGGAUAGCGACUACUUUCCAACUACUCCACUGGACAGCUUGUUUGAACAGGUUGAGGCUAACAAACUGACUGCUGCUUACUGCUCAAAACCUGGGGUUGUGGAUCCUUGCUUUAACGCAGGACUAGUAGGUAUGGUACCAGACCCACUGAUUUACCAGGAGGUUAUGGAACACUGGAAACAGCUCUCCGCAACUAGUUGUCCAGAUGACCAGCGACUGCUGUGGUAUCACUUCUCUAACAAUGAUAACUGGAUACCCUUAUCUUACAGCUACAACGUAAGACGAGAGCGCUAUUUUCCGAUGAAGAGCUUCCACUUCGCUGGCCACGGUCGCGAACCAAGGCCAUGGGACUGGAAAGACCGCCCUUCGGACGCCGAACUCCUGGCUUACGACAGACAAAUGGACUCCGUGAUGGAUAUAAUUUCACUGUGGUGGAAGUAUUUGUUGGUCGUUGUCAGAGACAACGAAUUAAACGAGUUUUGGGAGAGUGUUAAAUACCUUACACUUUAGUUUUAGAAGUAGAACAGGAGGGUAGUUAAUUUUUGCCCCACGCUGUCGUUAUAUAUAUAUAUAUAUAUAUAUAAUAUAUAUUACGCGGCCACUAACAAAGAGUCGAUGUUUGGAUUGUGAUAAGUGUGUUGUGAUUUUGGUGUAACUUUUUGUUGGUGUCUUAUUUGAUUUUAUUUUUAGACAUGUCGAUAGUGGAUACAUAUGCAGUAACUCUGGUGAUAUAACCUUGCAAUUGUAUCCUUGUAUUUCUGUAUAAUUGUUUUUCUUU